AUGGCUCCGGCCCCCAUCCCCAGUCCUCAGCUCUCCCCUGCAGACCCGGUGUCUCUGGUCCAGUUGAAGAAGGUAUCGGUGGUGCUGGUGGACUGCUGCAGAACACAAGGUCCACAAGGGAAGAACACAAAUAUCGGCAGUGAUGCAGAGCAGCCUGAGACCCAUAAAGCUCGGAGAAUUAACCCCAGUGCAGAACCUACUAUCUCUUCAGAUGUAGACACUGAAGCUGAACUGGACCAGGGACGAGAGGAAAACUCAAACAUGGCUCCAGCCUCCAUCCCCAGUCCUCAGCUCUCCCCUGCAGACCCGGUGUCUCUGGUCCAGUUGAAGAAGGUAUCGGUGGUGCUGGUGGACUGCUGCAGAACACAAGGUCCACAAGGGAAGAACACAAAUAUCGGCAGUGAUGCAGAGCAGCCUGAGACCCAUAAAGGAGAGAGGCCUAACCAUUGCACUCAAUGUGGGAAGAGUUUCAGAAAAAAGGCAGAUCUCACCAGACAUUGGCGCAUUCACACAGGCGAAAAGCCAUACCACUGCUCUGAUUGUGGCAAAAGUUUUGGACGAAGAGGAAACCUCAAAACACACCAACGCAUCCAUACAGGAGAAAGGCCAUAUGACUGUACCCAGUGUGGCAAGAGUUUUAAACCUGGCUGUGGCCGGCACCCCACCAAGCAACCACCACAGCCUCAUCUCCUGGUCUGA